AUGGUGUCCAUCAUGGCGAGAGGCGCACUGCGCUGCGCGGCUCCCUCCGCAGUCCGAGCCCUGCACUCGUCGACGUCUCGUGCGGCCAUCACCAAAUUUGCGAUGCCGGCUAUGAGCCCGACAAUGACAGAGGGAGGUCUCGCGACGUGGAAGGUCAAGGAUGGUCAGAGUUUCUCAGCCGGCGAUGUCCUGCUCGAGAUUGAAACAGACAAGGCAACGAUGGAUGUGGAAGCGCAGGAUGACGGCAUUAUGGCCAAGAUUGUUGUCCAAGAGGGAGAGAAGGGUGUGCCAGUAGGAAAGACGAUUGCAAUGCUGGCCGAAGAGGGCGACGACAUCUCCAACGUCGAGGUGCCUGCCGAUAAUUCCGAGUCUGCGCCUUCACCAGGUAAAGAACAAAUCGAGCAGCCAAAGGCCGAUUCACAAGCACCCCCUACAUCUCAGUCGCCCGGCAAUACCGUACAGUCAGCAGAACACUCUCCGAAGCUUUCUACGCCGAUGCUGCCUUCGGUCACGCGGCUCCUCAUUGAGAACCACGUCUCGCAGGCCGACGCUGAGAAGAUCAAAGGGACGGGCAUGCGGGGCAUGCUUACGAAGGGCGAUGUGCUGGCGUUCCUCGGCAAGGCUUCGAGUCCUACGGGCUCCUUCAAGGAGGUCCACCAGUCUGUGGCCGACCUCGGCGCGCCGACAAAGGGAGCAGGCGGAUCUGGGUCGGGCGCGAAGCAGGAAAAGAAGAGCGAACCACUGACUGCCGGAAGCAUUCGAUCGCUCAUCAUGGGAGGACUGGCAGACUCGUCGCGGUCAGCAAGGUCCAGAACUGCCGCUCCCUCACCGAAGAGCACUGGCCGCAGCGCCUUUGACGAGCUCCUUGACGAUUACCAAUUUGCAAAGAAGCAGCCACCGAAGAGCAGCAGUGGCAAUGCGGCCAGAAAUGACGGGUUUGCGGGGCUAUUGUAA